AGCUUUGAGAGAAUCGUUGACAUGAAGCCUCCUUCUCUGAAAGAUUGUGGAUUUGAUGAGAGUUACUUUGGUCAAGGAGAUCAUAUCAAGGCCAUGGAGGUAAUUGAAGACUCGAUUUUGGAACAAGGGAAAGAAAAGGUCUCAGAUUUGCUUAUUUUCCAGCAAGGUACCAUCUUCAGGGCACAAGCGAUAAGAGCAGAGAAUCGUGACGUGAAGUUCACGUUUUUGUUGGCUUCUGUAGAAUGCUUUUCCGUAAGUGAAGGGCUCUCAUCGUUUUGUGCUGUUUCACUGUUUGAAUUGGGACAACAUCUUGGAUCUUCCUUGUAUUACAAGAAAUCUGUUGAGAAAGCAAAAGAGUAUCUAUCUGUUUUGGCUAAUUUUCGUGAAUUGGAUUUGAAAGAGCAGAAUAGUAAAAAGGAUAUCGAAAGAAUACUCAGAGAUGCAGAGUCAAGGAUCGCUGGACCUAACAAGAAGACUCUAGUUGCUUCUGAUAUCGAAAGAAUACUCAGAGAUGCAGAGUCAAGGAUCGCUGGACCUAACAAGAAGACUCUAGUUGCUUCUGUAGAGAGAAGCGAACCAAAAGCGAGGGAGUCAAAGAAAAAUCUAGACCCGAAACUGAGGUCGUGUUGGAUGGGUUUGAGUGAUGAGUUCAAAAGGAACUUUCUGAAAGUAAGCACUGCAAAGUUUAUAAGUUUCGUCGAGGCAAUGUAUGGCAAAGAGGGACGAGAUGCUUUGGAGCAAGUUCUCACUUCUGCCAGGGAAAACAGAAAAUGGACUUUCUGGAUGUGUCGAACUUGUUCGAACAAGUUCUCUAGUCCUGAGGAGUGUAAGAAUCACAUUGGACAAGAACAUGCUGCUGAAUUUAAACCUUCUUCGACAAAGUAUAUGGCCCUUACGAUAAGUAAAGUCUGGGCUCGUAAGAUAUCAGUUGGAGAUUGGGAACCAGUGGAUGCAGUAGCUGCCGUUGAUAUGAUUAAGAAUCGACUCCAAGAUGUGAAAGCCUUUGCAUAUGAGAAUGGAUGGUCCAAAGACUGGCCUUUAGUUGUAGACGAAGAGCGCAGUCAAUUACUCAAGGAAAUCCAAUUGCUCCUUGUCUCGUUUUGGGAGCGUAAAAUUCUGUCUUGUAGCAUUCGAGACUGGAUGAUACAGUUUGUAGUUAAGUAUCUUGCACAGUUCCAAGUUUCUGAGCAUACCAUUAUUACCGAGUGUCGCCUAGUUGACACACCUCAGAGUAUCUGCUUUCUGGAUUGUAAUGAACUCAAUCAAAUCCUGGACUUUCUAAAAAACAUCAAAGGUGAAAGGGAUGAUGGCACAGAUCUGGUUCGCAGAGCAGCGGACAGUUUCUGCGAUGGUAGCCGAGUUAGAGAAAAGAUUGACUUUGAUCCUCAGUUUACAUUUCUACUUCUGGAUAAGAGACUGCUGAAAUGCGAGCUGGCUCGAUUUGAUAAUGAAGGGACAAUCAAUGUUUUUGAUCCCAGUAUUCACUAUGCCAAAGCACAAGUUCAUAGAGAUGAUAUCUUAUCUUGGUUAGCAGACAAUUCUUCAGGAGACGAGAGUUUUAGAUUUCCCAGACCUAUCAGGACACAUAAUCUUGAUAUUUGGGUGGCUGUUCUGAGAGCUGUUCAAUUCACGUGUAGGACUUUGGGAAUCAAAUAUGAGAAGAAAAUGAAAAUGAUAUGUUAUGAUGCAGCUCUUGUUGACGCCAAGAACUUAUGUACACGCGAAGAUGAAAGAAGAAGGAAUAUUCCGGAAGAUCAGAGGAACAUUUAUGCAUCUCUUCUGUGCAAUAAAUGUGAAGAAUAUAUAAGGAGAGACGCUGGAAAUUCUCUCACUACAAAAUUGUUCUUGUGUGCAGUACGAGAUGUUCUCGAAGGAGCAUUGCAGCCGACAGUUGAUUGUGUCGAUCUAGUAGAUUGUCUGAAUCAUAUACAUCGGCAUAAACGUAUCAGUGAUGCUAUAGUUUUGAAGUCCAUUGAGCAUCUGAAAUCUGUGGUCACCAACAAGGUUCCGCUACUGGAUUCAAAGAUUUUGUUAGUUGAAAACUCGAGGGUUAAUUUGCUAAACAGCCUUGUCGGACUUUCUGUUUUUGAGUACCGCUCGUAUAUCCUUCAACCGCUGAAACGAUUCUUGCAGGAAGAGUUAGAUGAAAUUGUAGAUAUGGAUGUCAAAGCACUUCCAGAACCUUUAUCCGAGAAAAAACAAGAGAAGGAGAAGAAGCCAGGGUCAAAGAAGAAAAAGAAUAGAAGUAACAAGAGAAAUUCAGCGAGCAUGUCUAGUCUUCUUGAUCAGAAUGUCGAACACGAAUCGUAUGUCAACCUUGAACCGGGAGUUACUUCACUAAACAGGACAGAAGAAGAUUCUAUGGAACCAGAAGAUACUCGUGAAAAAGGUCAAUCUGAAAUUUUAUCCAAUCAAGACGAAGCUACUAAAGAUAUGCAUGGAGAAGAUUCACUGUCUAAAAAUUUGGAGUCGGUACAUGGCAAAGCUGUAUCCAGAUACAAUUCAGCUCUUGACAUGAUACUGAAGUCCCUCUGUAACAUUAAAGUUCUUAAAGAAGAUUUGUUGCACAAUCGGCAGACAUUUUCUGACAACCAAGUGCCUUCUGCACUACGAAGUUUCUUUUCUGCUUUUGUCUCGGAGCAGAUAAAAGAAGAGGAACUCUAUAGUCACUUAUUGUCCAACUUGCUUGCUUCCCUAGAAGAAGAAUUUCAUUCCCUGUCAAGUGAUGGUGCUGAGGUACUCGUCGCAAUCCUCGAGUUUUGUCAUUGGUGGAAAAUUCCAGAAGGAGAAAGCUUGGUAACUCGCCUUUUUACGUUGGAGGUAUAUGAAAGAAUGAGUUGUAAAAAAUGCAGAAGGAAGCCAAAUCAUCCAGAGCAAAGUUCUUAUGGAAUCGUUAUGCCUGCUGAUUCUAUCAGAGACUUAAAGAGUGCUCUUGGGAAUAUAAAGUUUGAAGACAUCCUUAAAAUGAUCCGCAUGGAAGAUAAAAUGAUAUGUGAUGUUAGAACAGGAGGCUGUGGAGAGACAAACUUUGUCCACCACAUUAUCAGUAGAUGCCCACCUAUCUUCACAAUUGGGCUGGAAUGGGAGAAGAAUGAAACUGAAAAAGAAAUAUGUGAAACAACAAAGUCUUUGGAGUGGGAGAUAGAUAUCAGCAGGCUAUAUGAAGGCUUAGAACCAAACACCAAGUACCGGCUUGUGUCAAUGACUGGUUGUGGUGAAGAAGAAGAAUACAUUUGCAUGGCUUAUAAAAAGAACCGGUGGGUCAGUCUCACACAUGAAGCUUCAAUAGAAGAGGUUGUUGGUAACUGGGAGAGUGUUGCCAGAUUAUGUGGGGAAAGGAAGGUUCGUCCAGAGAUUCUGUUUUAUGAAGCUGUUCAAUGGCCUAACAAGUGAAUAUAACUGUAUGGGGGAACUCAAGUUUGCUAACUUACACUACACAACUUUUGGGGGUUUAACCUAACUAUGUUUGCGAAUAUUAUUUAUUUUCUUUAGAUUGAUGGGUUGAUUUCUCCAGGUUCGAACCAUGGUAUAAACUGACCCCUAUGAUCUUAUCGUACA